AAGUGGCGUGAAAAGCCGCCACUCCGCAUUCAAUCUAUGGCCGAGACAGUCGAUCACCGACUCAAUCGGAGCUCCGACCGUGAGAAGUCAACGACAACUACAACAUUCCAAUGCUCAUACCCGUUCCCCCAUUCUCCCUACGGGAAGCCUAAAAACCUCUCGCUGUGUCCUUCUGUUGUAUUGUCUUCUCCUAUUUCUUCAACGACCUCGUCGGCUUCAAAGGUUGGUUUUGUGUCAAAGAUUAGUCUCGCCCCAUUCUCACUAAAAGCAUCACUCGCCGCCUUUAUUUACACAGCUGCCGACUUGUCCUCUCAGAUGAUUGCACAGCCAUCUUCGGAGCCAUAUGAUCUUGUGAGGACAUUGCGCAUGGCUGGAUAUGGAAUGCUAAUUUUAGGACCAUCAGUACAUUUUUGGUUCAACUUUGUGUCAAAAGCCCUUCCACAGCGUGAUCUCAUCACUACAUUGAAAAAAAUAGUGCUGGGGCAGACAAUAUAUGGGCCUGCAAUGACUGUUGUUUUCUUCUCCGUGAAUGCAGGUCUACAAGGUGAAACUGGUGCAGAGAUUGUUGGUCGAUUGAAGCGUGACUUGAUCCCUACGAUGAUAAAUGGUGUUAUGUAUUGGCCCAUCUGUGAUUUUGUGACAUUCAAAUUCAUCCCUGUUCAUUUACAGCCUUUGGUGAGCAACUCGUUUUCAUAUCUAUGGACUGUCUACAUUACAUAUAUGGCUAGCUUAGAGAAAGUAGCCACUGAGUAA